CACACUUUCAUGGUUGCAUUCCAGCAACAGCAUCCACAGCGAAGGAUGCCACGUACUCUGAAAUCUCAAUUCCCAAAGCCGGACGCAACCAGCCAUCUACCGACACUAAUGCUGGUGACCCUGAUUCUCAGGAGGGGUCAAAGGUCAAACCAGGUGGAUAUGACCCUGUCAAAGUGGUCCUGGUGACUCUCUGUGUUCUUCUGAUGGGUGCUGUCAUUGGACUUGUGUUCCUGUAUAUCAGCAACCUGCCAACCAAAAACACAGAGCUCCAAAUUCUGCAAGCGGCUUACAAUCAAAAUCUUACAGGUUUGGAAAAAGAUUAUACAUCAGCUUUAAUGAUCAAAAACAGAGAGCUUCAAGAACUGCAAGACAAGAACAAAGAUCUUCAUGAGAAGGAACGUGCAGGGAAUAAAGACUGUCCUAAACCUAGGAACUGUGCUGAAGACUGGGAGUAUUAUGYGGGGAAGUGCUAUUACUUCUCCRCUGAUAAACUGACCUGGGUUCAGAGUCGGGAUGAGUGUAUCACCAGGGGGGGACACCUUGUCAUCAUAGGGAGCCGAGAGGAGCAGAAUUUCUUAUAUCAGAAAAUUGGUACAAAAAUGCUUAAUAAGCCUGAAGACAAGUUCUGGAUUGGGCUGACGGACAGUACAAACGAGAAUGAGUGGUUAUGGGUGGACAAUUCAUCUCUCAAUUCAAGCACAAGAUUCUGGCUUGGUAACAAGGAGCCUGAUGACUGGAAAGGAGAAAAUGGAGAAUAUCCCGAGGGUGAAGACUGUGCUAGAAUGGGGGAACGGAGUGGUAAUACCGGGUGGUUGGAUUUCAACUGUAAUAAGACUCAAAGAAGAAUAUGUGAGACAAAAUCGCCCUUGUGAAACAGUAUCUUAAAGAAACUCAAAAGUUCCUUAAAUAUGUCUCUGAACAACACCAAAGUAUUUUUUGCUGGCAUUGAUAAAAAGGAGGAGAAACUGUAUUGUGACUGGUUUACAGGAGAUUACUGCUGAUAUUCACAUAUCUUUCUUUGUACAUACAUGUUUUAUGCUUUUCAUGCUAUGGUGUGAAACAAACCAAAUCCGCAACUGAGUCUAAUGAAAAACAUGUCAGAUAUAUUCAGUUCACACCUCUUCACUUCUCGGUAGGCUACAGGUGUUGGAUCUUAAUUUGCUGAGUAUUGUUGUUGCAAUAGGAUUUGAACUUUAGUCCUUCAAUCAAGUCAAAUGUUGCUUGAUUGGUGGUUAAGCUGUUACCUGGCCAAAUUUAGGCUACAUGAAAAGUGCAAUAUUGUUAAUUAAGUGUGUGGGUUUUCAAUUAAUUUAUGUAAAUCAUGAAAUAUAUCUGCAUUUUACAGUGCAGGAAAAUUCUCAGCAACAAAAGAGUGAUAAAAUAAAAUCCUACACCUGUACAUCAUCCUCAGUGUGUUUUGUACAUGUAUAUUUCUGCUUAUCAGUGCUGUCUCUAGGCUAGUCAUUUGAGAAAAAAAUAUUGUGUGUAUAUCCAAACAUCAGGAAACCAUUGAAUUAAU